CACAGCAAACCGCUUGAUUCCUCACCUCCCGACGCGCCCCUGACGCGGCUAGCCUCCGUGCUCCGCCGCCCCGCUGCCUCUCAUGCUCGGCGUCUCUCCACCCCGGCGGGUGGCAGCCGUGGGUUUCGACGGCUUUCUGUCACUGUAUUAUUUGCAGAGGUGCAGCCUGCUAUCCUGCCUCCGCCUUCCCUUCUCCACCGGCGGCGGCGACGAGCUGCGGGUUACGGCGACCGAACGGGUUGCCGGGCUCCCGUCACCUUCCCGAUAUCCCGCCUCCCCUUCUCCACCGAAAACAGGCCGACAGCAAUGAUGCAGCAAGUCUGCGGGUUGGCGGCGACCGAACAGGACAGGGCAUCUUCACUAGAGAAACAACGACGGCAACUGAACAUCCUGCAAGCUGCAAUUGCAACGUACGUUUUGCGAGGGAAAGACGAAGUCUGCUAUGUGCCCAACCCAUGUUGCUGUUGUUUGACCUGUUCCCGACGCAACAUUGGAAACAAGAGCUCUCCCUCCACUUGUGCAUACAUAUAUAUACAUGCGUGGUGUGGCUGCUCUUAAGAAAACAACUAACGAAGAAGUCUCUAAAGGCCUUGUGCUCUGGUGUCUUUGGAAAGAUAGAUCCCUGGAGCAAGAAAAAGCAAAUCUUCCGAUAUACUUCUUCUAUUUGAACUGAACCCCUCGUUAUUUCAGCUGAAGAAUAUGCAAGUGUUCCUGCAGCUCGGCCUCGGCCUUGUACUGCUUGCGGCACAAUAUGCCAGUGACGGUGCUGUACCUGGUUCCCAAUGCCAAAGGCAAUGCGGCAAGGUUGAUAUACCAUACCCAUUUGGCAUCGGCUUGAACUGCUCACUCGCAAGAGCCUUCAACAUCAAUUGUGAGGUCCAAGAUGGUUUCCCCAAGCCAUUCCUUGGUGACUUUGAGGUGCUCAGCAUUUCCUUGACUCACGGUACGACCCAGGUGCUCAACUACAUCGUGGGGUUCUGCUACAACACCUCUACAGGGAUCAUGGAGUCUUUUGGCCGUUACACGGGGUACGCAGGCAGACCUUCCUCUCCCUACCGGCUCUCCGACCUCCAGAACAGGUUCACUGUCAUCGGUUGCAAUGCCCUCGCCUUGAUAUCCGAUAACAAUGGCUCAGGCUACCAGGGCUUGGGAGUCGCGACGUGCCGUGACCAGUCAGACUUAGUGGAUGGAUCCUGCUCCGGUAUAGGCUGCUCCCAGACUAUGAUACCAAAGAGGAUGUACAACUACGGCACAACUUUCUCGAACUUAGUCAACACAAGUGAAAUCUGGGAGUUCAACCGGUGCAGCUAUGCUGUGCUGAUGGAGGCAGCAACAUUCAACUUCAGCACCACGUACAUAAACACCACUGGGUUUAAUGAUACGAAUGAUGGAAGGGUACCCAUGGUCCUUGACUGGGCAAUAAGAGAUCAGAAAUCAUGUAAUAUUGCAACACAGAACAAGACGGGCACUUAUGCAUGCCUAAGUAGCAACAGCGUAUGUGUGGAUUCCGUCAAUGAUGACGGGUACAUAUGCAACUGUUCUGAGGGUUACAGAGGAAACCCUUAUCUUCCAGUUGGAUGCCAAGAUGUUGACGAAUGCAGUAGGAACCCAUGUCCUUCAGGCGGUGUUUGCCACAAUACAGUUGGGGGAUACCUGUGUUCUUGUCGAGCAGGAAGAAAAUUGGAAGGCAACACAUGCAACCCUGAUACUGGCUUAAUAAUAGGAGUUACAAUGGGAUUAUUCGGUGUGAUGGUUGUCGCCGUGAUCAUUGUCUUUUGGGGACAAAUGAUAAUCCAAAAGAAAAAGUUCAAAAAAGUUAAGCAGGAGUAUUUUCGCCAACAUGGAGGCUUGCUUUUGUUUGAUAGGAUGAAAUCCGAGAAAGGUUUGGCUUUUACUGUAUUUUCAGAAGCUGAACUCAUACAUGCCACUAGCAACUUUGAUAAUAGCAAAAUACUUGGAAAAGGAGGCCAUGGAACCGUCUAUAAAGGGGUAAUAAACAACAAGAAGCAAGUUGCAGUUAAAAGAUGUGCAUUAGUUGAUGAAAGGCAAAAGAAAGAAUUUGGCCAAGAGAUGCUCAUUUUGUCCCAAAUCAAUCACAAGAACAUUGUUAAACUCUUGGGUUGUUGCCUUGAGGUGGAAGUUCCAAUUCUAGUAUAUGAAUUUGUCCUAAACGGUACACUAUUUGAGCUUAUCCAUGGCAAGAACCAAGCACUGCAAAUCUCCUUCAGCACUCUCUUAAGGAUUGCUCAUGAAGCAGCCGAAGGACUCAGCUUCCUACAUUCGUAUGCGUCAACCCCAAUCAUUCAUGGUGACGUGAAAACUUCCAACAUCCUUCUUGAUGAGAACUACAUGGCCAAAGUGUCGGACUUUGGAGCGUCCAUACUAGCCCCGACUGAUAAAGAGCAGUUUGUCACCAUGGUUCAAGGUACCUGUGGAUACCUUGACCCUGAAUACAUGCAAACAUGUCAGUUAACAGACAAAAGUGACGUGUAUAGCUUUGGAGUUAUUCUUUUAGAGAUACUCACCGGGCAAUUGCCACUGAAGCUCGAAGGGUCUGAAACACAAAGAAGCUUGUCAUCGGUUUUCCUAUCUGCUAUGAAGGAGAAUAAUCUUGAUGCAGUGCUGGUGAGCCACGUGAAAGGCCAAGAGAGCAUGGAGUUGCUGAGAGGACUUGCUGACCUGGCUAAGAAUUGCCUAGAUAUGUGCGGUGACAACAGGCCUUCGAUGAAAGAGGUCGCUGACGAGCUGAACCGAUUGAGGAAGCUUUCACUGCAUCCUUGGGUUCGGCUCAACGUGGAGACAGAUGCAGAAAGCCUUCUUAGUGGAGAAUCUACUGGUGGUUAUGAAAUAGAAUUAAGUGGGUAUCCUAUGGGCGAAAGUGAGAACCAACCCAUAAACCCCAGAAGUUCCUACUAUGCUAGAUGACCAAGACAUGUAUUCAAGUAAAGCUACUACUUAAGUUAUUUAGAUACAAAUGUUUCUCUAAACCUUCCUCCGUGUGUAUUUUUUUUUCUUUUCCUGUUGGCACGGUUGCAUGUAUUCUAUGUGUACAUGAUCCGGUUGCGUGUAUAAUUUGUAAAUGGAGACGCAUCUCUUAUACUAUUUGGACUAUAAAUCAUAGUAUGAUAGUUUGAUUUGUCUCGA